AUGGCAGCAGUGGCAUUUCCUGAGGGCGGUGCCCGGGCGUGGGCGACCGUGGGCGGCGCGUGGUGCAUCCAGUUUGUGGGCUUUGGCUACAUGACUUCGUUUGGAGUCUAUCAAGGCGCGUCGUCCUUUCUCUAUUUCUAUACCCGAGAUUAUCUCUCCGCGCGCUCGCCAUCGACGAUCGCGUGGAUUGGCAGUGUCAAUGCCUUUCUAAUUGUCUUUGGUGGAUUGGUAUCUGGACGGCUGUUCGACCGUGGCUACUUCUACCACCUACUCUAUGGCGGCUGUGUCCUCCAAUGCUUUAGUCUCUUCAUGCUCUCGCUCUGCCGGCCGCAACAGCUCCACCAGAUAUUCCUCGCACAAGGCGUCGGAGUCGCCGUCGGCGCGGGCGUCGUCUACGUCCCGUCCGUUUCUGUUGUCUCUCACUACUUCCAGCGCAGACGCGCACUUGCACUGACAAUUGUCGCGAGCGGGUCCUCACUCGGAGCAGUCAUACACCCAAUACUCCUCAACAAUCUGCUGAAGACGCGCGGGUUUGCUGUCGCCGUUCGCGCGAGUGCAGGGCUCGUCUCGGGAAUGGUGCUCAUCGCGUGUCUGCUGAUGCGCUCGCGCUUGCCGCCCCCGCUCAAGUCGGCGCCGCUGUGGGCAUCGGUCAAGCGGCUCUCCGGGGACAGGGCGUUUGUGCUCGCCACCAUCGGGAUGACACUGUUCACGAUGGGGCCCAACUUCCCCAUCUUCUACUUCCAGCUUGACGCGAUCCAGCAUGGCAUCGACGAGGGCCUCGCGUUCUAUGCCCUCGUCAUUAUGAACUCUGCGGCUGUGCUCGGCCGUCUCUCGCCCGGCGUGCUGCUCCCGCAAAUGGGCCAGUUCGGCAUCGUGUACCUGGUCACCGGCGCCGCGUUUUGCGCGAGCAUCUUGAUCUUUGCGAUGAUUGCACUCAAAAGUGUCGCGAGUUUUGUCAUCAUCGGUGUCCUCUAUGGGCUGUGCGCCGGGCUAUACAUCACCCUCAGCCCGCCGCUCGUCGCGUUUUUGACGAAGGACAUGGGCGAACUGGGGCUCCGGAUGGGCAUCUUCUUCGCCGUCGUUGCCCUCGGCGGGCUCGUUGCGCCGCCAAUCAGCGGCGCGCUCCUGACGGGCGGCUUCCGCUGGUGGCGCGCGGCGGUGUUCAGCGGUGUCAUGGCAUUUGCCGGCGCAUGCGUCUUCGUGCUGCUCGUGGUUGCUGUUCGUAGAGAUGCACGGAGCAAGCUGGACGCGGACACGGACACGGGAGGGGGGGAGAAGGCCCAGGAGCAUGGCCUAGGGUCACUUUCGCGACCACUUGAAGUAGAAGGGCCUUAA